AUGCGUGCAUGCCUGCGAGCCGGCAGCGCCGAGCGGGACGCCGGCCGCGCGCCCACGCCGCCGCCCCCAUUGGACCGACUUGAGACGGGCGCGGUUGCCGCGCCCCGCUUCGACCUGUUCGGCACCCCACCCACGAAAGCGUCCGCCGGCGGGUUCUCGUCGCCGCUUCCGACGCCGGCGGGCGCCGGCGCGGGCGCGGGCGCGGGCGCGCCGGGGCACACGCCCUUCCCUAGGUUUGGCGGCGGCGCGCCCGGCGGCCUGGCCCUCACGCCGGUCCCGCUGGACGCGACGCCGCCGCAGAGCAUCUUCGCCGACUCGGCCGCGCGGCGGCGGCAGGCGGCGGGCGCCGCGACGGCCGACGAGCGCACGCCGGCAGCAGUGGGCGCGGGCGUGGCGGCGGGCGGGGGCGCGCUGCCGUGGGGUGGAUUUGGGGCGGAGCCGCGGACGCUGUUUGGUGGCGAGACGCCGGUGCGUACGCCGGCGGCGCCGGCUGCAGCGCCGCGGCGCGAGGAGGAGCAGCAGCAGCAGCAGCAGCAGCAGCAGCUUGAGAAGGAAAGGCGGGUGCAGUUCCAAUGGCAGCAGCCAGAUCAGCGGCAGCUAGACGGCGGGCACGACAGCAAUGGCCGCGCCGCGACUGCCGCUGAACCCAAGCAGCAGCAGCAGCAGCAGCAGCAGCAGCCUCAGCAGCAGCCCCAGCAGCAGAAGCAGCAGCCGCCCGCCCUGCCUUGGCUGCUGCAGCCAUCCUCUCCCGCCAAACCCGCCGCGGGCGCGCGCGAAAACGGUCGCCUGUUCGACUUCGGCGCGUCGCACGACGCCGCGCUCGCGCGCGCCGUGCGCUUCAGCUUCCCGGAGGAGGGCGCGGGGUUGGCGCCGCAUCAGCAGUGGUGGGACGGGGACGAGCGCCAGCAGCAGCAGCAGGCGAAGGCGCCCGCGCCCGCGCCGUCGCCGGCCGGCACGCCGCGGCUGCCGCCGGCGCCGGCGCCGGGCGCGCUGCUGCCGAUCGCGCGUCAGGACGCGAGCGCGACGGCGGCUGCGGGGCCGGCGCAGGCGGGCGCAGAGUCUGGCGCGGCCGGGGCUGCAGGCGGAUUCAAAUUCGGGAUUCCCGACGCUGCCCCUGAAAAACCGGCCGAGCCGGCGCCUGCACCCGCGCCCGCGCCCUCCUCAAAGCCGGCGUUCGUGUUUGGGGUGGCGCCGGCCGCGCAGGACGCAGUCGCGGCGGCGGUGGCGGCGUCAAAGCGGGCGGGCGCAGAGUUCGGCGCCUCAUUACCGGGCGGCGGCGCAGCGGCGGCGGGGGCGAGCGGGACCUCUGCCCCACCAACCCAACCCUUCACCUUCGGCGCCCCCGCCGCGACGACCUCCGCCGCCGCCGCCAGCCCCGCACCCGCCUUCGCCUUUGGCGCCGCCGCCGCGCCCCCGCCUGCCGCCGCCGCAUCUCCCUCCGGGCCCAGCCCCGCCGACAGUGGCAGCGGCCUGUUUGGCGGGCCUGUGCCCGCGCCAGCCGCGGCAGGGGGCUUCGGAUUUCAAUUCGGCGCGGCCCCUGCCCCCGCGGCGGGCGCGCCCGCAUUCGGCGCGCCGCCGGCGGCGGCAGCGGCAGCCUCGGCGCCCUCGCCAUCACCCGCAUUCACCUUUGGGGCGGCCGCCGCGGCGCCCGCGGCGGCGUCAGCGGGGUUUUCGUCGUUUGGCGGCGCGGCGGCGCCCGCGUUCGGAGCGGCUGGGGGCUUCGGCACUGCGGCGCCAUCACAGCAGCAGCAGCAGCAGCAGCAGCAGCAGCAGCAGGCCGCGGCCCCAGCUGCGUUUGCGUUUGGUGCUGCACCGCAGCAGCAGCAGCAGCCGACAGGGCCAUUCACUUUUGGCCAGCAGGCUGCGCAGCAGCAGCAGCAGCAGCAGCCAAACCCGUUUGGUGCGCCGCAGCAGGCCCAGCCUCAAGGUAUGUUUGCGUUUGGCGGCCAGCAGCAGCCCCAGCAGCAGCCGCAGCAGCAGCAGCAGGCACCGCCUGCGUUCGGUUUCGGCGCCCAGCAGCAGGCGCCCGGUGCGCCCGGUGGCUUCGCUUUCGGCGCGCAGCCGCAGCAGCAGCAGCCCGCAUUUGGCGCGCCCUUUGGCGCCCAGCAGCAGCAGCCGCAGCAACAGCAGCCCCCGGCGUUCGGCGCGCCGGCGCCGGCGUUCGGCGCGCCGCAGCCCGGCCAGUUUGGGGCGCCCGCGCCGGCCGCCGGCGGCUUCACCAUGGGGCUGGGCGCGGCACCCGCGGAUCAGGGCGGCGCUGGGCGCAAGCGCCUCAAGGCCAAGCGGCGCGGCGGCUGA